UCGGUGACAUCAUCACCGUGGUCGGUAAAAGAGGCCGGAGCGAGCUCGGAGGGUGAGAGUCUGCAGUGAUCGGCGAUCGAGUGACGGGUUUGAAAAUGGAUUCCACUGGAGUGAAAAUUCUAGAUUCGGCAGAUGACAUCCAAGAAAGACGUCAGCAGGUGCUAGACAGGUACCGGCGGUUCAAGGAACUUUCUCUUUUGAGAAGACAGAAGUUAGAAGAUUCUUACAGUUUUCAGUGUUUCCGCCGUGAUGCAGAUGAAUUGGAGAAGUGGAUUCAGGAGAAGCUGCAAAUUGCAUCAGAUGAAAGCUACAAGGAUCCCAGCAAUCUGCAGGGUAAACUGCAGAAGCAUCAGGCGUUUGAGGCUGAAGUGCAGGCUAAUGCUGGUGCCAUCAUCAAACUUGAUGAAUUUGGUAAUAAAAUGAUUGCGAAUGAGCACUUUGCAACUGAAACCAUUCGAACCCGACUAGAGGAGCUUCAUCAGCUAUGGGCGCGCCUGCUGGAGAAAAUGAGGGAGAAGGGGAUUCGGCUUCUCCAGACGCAGAAGCUUGUGCAGUAUCAGCGAGAAUGUGAUGAUGUCAUGGACUGGAUCAAUGAUAAGGAGGCAAUCGUGACAUCUGAGGAAGUUGGCCAGGACUUGGAGCACGUGGAGGUGCUGCAGAAGAAAUUUGAGGAAUUCCAGACUGACCUUGCAGCUCAUGAGGAACGUGUUAAUGAAGUUAACCAACUAGCUGGAAAAUUGGAGCAGGAGAAUCAUCCUGAGCUGGCACUUAUCACCCGUCGCCAGGAUGAAGUGAAUACUGCUUGGCAGCGACUCAAGGGCCUGGUACUACAAAGACAAGGAAAACUUUUUGGAGCUGCAGAAGUACAACGUUUCAAUAGAGAUGUGGAUGAAACAAUUAGUUGGAUUAAAGAAAAGGAGCAGCUAAUGGCUUCAGAUGAUUUUGGACGUGACCUGGCUAGUGUGCAAACACUUCUUCGUAAACAUGAAGGCUUGGAGAGAGAUCUUGCAGCUCUGGAGGAUAAGGUGAAGGCACUCACUUCUGAGGCAGAUCGUCUGCAACAGUCACACCCACAGAAUGCAGCUCAGAUCCAGGUCAAACAGGAAGAACUCAUUCAAAACUGGGAGCGAAUCCGCACCUUGGCAGCAGAAAGGCAUACAAGGCUGGAUGACUCAUACAGACUGCAACGUUUCCUAGCUGAUUUCCGUGACCUGACAAGCUGGGUAACUGAAAUGAAGGCUCUCAUUAGUGCUGAUGAAUUGGCUAAUGAUGUGGCUGGAGCUGAGGCAUUACUUGAUAGACAUCAGGAACAUAAGGGUGAAAUUGAUGCUCAUGAAGACAGUUUCAAGACCACUGACGAAGCAGGACAGGCCCUCCUUGCUGGUGGGCACUACGCAUCUGAUGAAGUCCGAGAGAAGCUGGAAACCCUUGCUGAAGAAAAGGUGUCUCUCCUAGAUUUGUGGGAACUCCGUAGACACCAGUAUGAACAGUGCAUGGAUCUACAGCUCUUCUACCGCGACACUGAGCAGGUGGAUAACUGGAUGAGCAAACAGGAGGCUUUCUUAUUGAAUGAAGACUUGGGAGAUUCUCUUGAUAGUGUAGAAGCACUUCUGAAAAAGCACGAAGAUUUUGAGAAGUCCCUAGGUGCUCAAGAAGAGAAAAUUACGGCAUUGGAAGAAUUUGCUACCAAAUUGAUUCAGAGUGAUCAUUAUGCUAAGGAAGAUGUUGCAGCACGUCGUGAUGCGCUGCUGAGUCGCCGUAAUGCUCUCCAUGAACGCGCCAUGUAUCGCCGUGUUGCGCUAGAGAACUCCUUCAGUCUGCAGCAGUUCUUCCGUGACUCUGAUGAGUUAAAGAGCUGGAUAAACGAAAAGAUGAAAACUGCCACUGAUGAAGCCCAUAAGGAUCCCUCCAACUUGCAAGGAAAGGUUCAAAAACACCAGGCUUUUGAAGCAGAACUCUCAGCUAACCAGAGUCGAAUUGACACUCUGCAGAAAGCUGGACAGGAACUGAUUGAUGCUAAUCACUAUGCCUCUGAUGAAGUAUCCACUCGUAUGAAUGAAGUCAUCUCUCUGUGGAAAAGACUGCUUGAGGCCACAGAAAUGAAAGGUAUCAAAUUACGAGAGGCCAACCAACAGCAACAAUUUAACCGAAAUGUGGAAGAUAUUGAACUCUGGCUGUAUGAAGUUGAAGGUCACCUUUCUUCAGAUGAUUAUGGAAAGGAUCUGACCAGCGUACAGAAUCUGCAGAAGAAGCAUGCACUGCUGGAAGCUGAUAUUGCAGCACACCAGGACCGUAUUGAUGGGAUUAAUAUCCAAGCCAGGCAGUUCCAGGAAGCAGGACAUUUUGAUGCUGACAACAUCAAGAAAAAGCAAGAAACUUUAGUUGGUCGUUAUGAGGCAUUGAAAGACCCAAUGGUGACCCGAAAGCAGAAACUUGCUGACUCCCUUAGACUCCAACAGCUUUUCCGUGACAUUGAAGAUGAAGAAACAUGGAUUCGAGAAAAAGAACCUAUUGCUGCUUCCACUAAUAGAGGAAAGGAUUUGAUUGGUGUUCAGAACUUACUUAAAAAGCACCAAGCCCUCCAGGCAGAGAUUGCUGGUCAUGAACCACGUAUUAAAGCAGUGGCUCAGAAAGGUCAAACCAUGAUUGAAGAUGGUCACUUUGCCAGUGAAGAUGUGAAAGCUAAGUUAAAUGACUUAAAUCAAAAAUGGGAUUCCUUGAAAGCUAAGGCGGCACAGAGACGCCAGGAUUUGGAAGAUUCACUGCAGGCUCAACAGUACUUUGCUGAUGCUAAUGAGGCAGAGUCUUGGAUGAGGGAGAAAGAGCCUGUUGUUGGCAGUGUUGACUAUGGAAAAGAUGAAGAUUCUGCUGAGGCCCUAUUGAAGAAGCAUGAAGCUUUGAUGUCUGAUUUGAUUGCUUAUGGUAGCAGCAUCCAGGCAUUGAAGGAGCAGGCUCAAGCAUGUCGUCAACAAGUGGCUCCUUCAGAUGAUGAAACUGGAAAAGAGCUGGUUUUGGCUUUGUAUGAUUAUCAGGAGAAGAGUCCUCGUGAAGUAACCAUGAAAAAGGGUGAUAUUCUUACCCUGCUAAACAGCACUAACAAGGAUUGGUGGAAAGUGGAAGUGAAUGAUCGUCAGGGAUUUGUUCCUGCUGCCUAUGUAAAGAAAUUGGACCCAGCGCAGAGUGCAUCACGUGAGAAUUUGCUGGAGGAUUCCAGCAGCAUUGCAAUACGUCAGGAACAGAUAGAAAAUCAGGCUCUGCUAGCUAAGGAGGUUGGCAGCGUUGUGCUCCGUAUGAAGCAGGUGGAGGAAUUAUACCAGUCGAUUUUGGAACUAGGCACAAAGCGCAAGGACAUGCUGGAAAAGAGCUGCAAAAAGUUCAUGCUUUUCCGCGAAGCCAAUGAGUUGCAGCAGUGGAUCAACGAGAAAGAGGCAGCAUUGACCAGUGAAGAGGUGGGGUCUGAUCUGGAACAGGUGGAAGGACUACAGAAGAAGUUUGAUGAUUUCCAGAAAGAUCUGAAAGCUAAUGAAUCUCGCUUGCAAGAUAUUAAUAAGGUGGCAAAUGACCUGGAGUCGGAGGGUCUGAUGGCUGAAGAAGUACAAGUAGCUCAGGAAGCAAAUGUUCUAUCAGCUGCUCCUGCAGUUGCCAAGGAUGAAGCCGAUUCAAAAACGUCAUCACCAUGGAAGUCUGCCCGACUGAUGCUGCAAACAGUGACUAAUUUUAAUGCCAUCAAGGAUCUGAAUGAGCGUUGGAAGUCUCUGCAACAACUGGCUGAGGAGCGCAGCCAGAUCUUGGGAAGUGCACAUGAGGUACAGAGAUUCCAUAGAGAUGCUGAUGAAACCAAGGAAUGGAUUGAAGAGAAAAACCAAGCUCUGAACACAGAUAAUUAUGGACAUGACCUAGCAAGCGUACAGGCUCUGCAGCGUAAACAUGAAGGAUUUGAACGGGACCUUGCUGCUCUGGGAGAUAAAGUCAAUUCCCUGGGAGAAACUGCAAACAGAUUGAUUCAGUCUCAUCCAGAAUCAGUUGAAGAUGUCCAAGAAAAAUGCACAGAACUAAAUCAGGCCUGGACUAACCUGGUGGAGCGUGCUGACCAGCGUAAAGGAAAAUUGAAUGACUCUCAUGACCUGCAGCGUUUCUUGAGUGAUUUCAGAGACCUUAUGUCCUGGAUAAAUGGAAUUAGAGGAUUGGUUUCUUCAGAGGAACUCGCCAAGGAUGUAACAGGAGCAGAAGCCCUUUUGGAGAGACACCAGGAACAUCGUACUGAGAUUGAUGCUAGGGCAGGCACAUUCCAAGCAUUUGAACAGUUUGGACAUCAGCUCCUGGCUCGUGGACAUUAUGCUUGCCCUGAAAUUAGGGAGAAGUUGGAUAUCCUGGAGCGUGAGCGUGCAGAUUUGGAGAAAGCCUGGAUCCAGCGCAGAAUGAUGUUGGAUCAAUGUCUGGAGUUGCAGUUGUUUAACCGUGACUGUGAACAGGCUGAGAAUUGGAUGGCAGCUCGUGAGGCGUUCUUGGCCAGUGAUGACAAAGGUGAUUCCCUGGACAGUGUGGAAGCCCUUAUCAAGAAGCACGAAGAUUUCGAUAAAGCCAUUACUGUGCAGGAGGAGAAAAUUGCAGCAUUGCAAGCCUUUGCUGAUCAAUUGAUUGGUUCCGAACAUUAUGCAAAGGGAGAUAUUUCAAAACGUCGCAAUGAGGUAUUAGACAGGUGGCGCCGCCUGAAAGCUCAGAUGAUUGAAAAAAGAUCAAAGCUUGGGGAAUCACAGACCCUUCAACAAUUUAGCCGGGAUGUAGAUGAAAUUGAGGCCUGGAUCAGUGAGAAGCUUCAGACUGCAACUGAUGAAUCUUAUAAAGAUCCCACUAAUAUUCAGCUAUCCAAACUGCUGAGCAAACACCAGAAGCAUCAAGCAUUUGAAGCAGAGCUUCAUGCCAAUGCUGAUCGAAUCCGUGGGGUCAUUGACAUGGGGAAGUCACUGAUCGAUCGAGGGGCUUGUGCUGGUAGUGAAGAUGCGGUCCAGGCUCGUUUGGAAACUCUCGGUAACCAAUGGGGAGAUUUGGUGCAGAAAUCAGCAGAAAAAAGUCAGAAGCUAAAAGAAGCUAAUAAACAGCAGAAUUUCAACACUGGAAUCAAAGACUUUGAUUUCUGGCUGUCUGAAGUGGAAGCUCUACUGGCCUCUGAGGACUAUGGGAAGGAUCUGGCAUCUGUAAAUAACCUCCUGAAGAAACAUCAGCUUCUUGAAGCUGACAUUAGUGCACAUGAGGACCGUCUGAAAGACUUGAAUCUUCAGGCUGAUAGCCUUAUGUCGAGUGAUGCCUUUGACACCACCCAGGUGAAGGAUAAACGCACAGCAGUGAACGGUCGCUUUCAAAAAAUCAAAAAUAUGGCUGCAGCUCGUCGCGCUAAGCUGAAUGAAUCACAUAGACUUCACCAGUUUUUCCGUGACUUGGAUGAUGAAGAAUCGUGGAUAAAAGAGAAGAAACUGCUUGUGAGUUCUGAAGAUUAUGGGCGGGAUCUGACUGGAGUGCAGAACUUGAGGAAGAAACAUAAACGCCUGGAAGCAGAACUGGCUGCACAUGACCCAGCAAUCCAGUCUGUACUGGAGACAGGGAAGAAGCUGUCGGACGACAAUACCAUUGGAAAAGAUGAAAUUCAGCAGAGACUUUCGCAGUUUGUGGCACACUGGAAGGAAUUGAAGGAAUUUGCUGCUGCUCGAGGGCAGCGUCUGGAAGAAUCCUUGGAAUAUCAGCAGUUUGUGGCAAAUGUUGAGGAAGAGGAAGCAUGGAUCAAUGAGAAGUUGAACUUGGUGGCGAGUGAGGAUUACGGAGAUACACUUGCUGCAGUGCAGGGGUUGCUGAAAAAACAUGAAGCAUUUGAAACUGAUUUCACGGUUCACCGUGAUCGAGUGCAUGAUGUUUGUGCAAGUGGUGAGGACUUGGUAAAGAAGAACAAUCAUUACGUUGAGAAUAUUACAGCAAAGAUGAAGGGAUUGCAAGCAAAGGUGUCAGAGUUGGAGAAGGCAGCUGCUCAGAGGAAAGCAAAGUUGGAUGAGAAUUCUGCGUUCUUGCAGUUUAAUUGGAAGGCAGAUGUGGUUGAGUCGUGGAUAGGUGAGAAGGAAAACAGUCUGAAGACAGAUGAUUAUGGGCGUGAUCUCUCCUCUGUACAAACAUUGCUCACUAAACAGGAAACAUUUGACGCUGGGCUACAGGCUUUCCAACAGGAGGGGAUUGCUAACAUUACAGCUCUAAAGGAUCAGUUACUGGCAGCCAAACACAUUCAGUCCAAAGCUAUUGAAGCACGUCAUGCUUCAUUAAUGAAAAGAUGGAAUCAGCUGUUGGCCAAUUCAGCUGAAAGAAAGAAGAAACUGCUUGAAGCCCAGGAGCAUUACAGAAAACUUGAGGAUCUCUUCCUGACCUUUGCAAAGAAAGCUUCAGCUUUUAACAGUUGGUUUGAGAAUGCAGAGGAGGACCUCACAGAUCCAGUGCGAUGCAACUCUCUGGAGGAGAUAAAAGCCUUGCGUGAGGCUCAUGAGGCUUUCCGCUCAUCUCUGAGCUCAGCUCAGACUGACUUCAACCAACUGGCUGAGCUUGAUCGUCAGAUCAAGAGUUACAGGAUGUUUUCUAAUCCCUACACCUGGUUUACUAUGGAAGCACUGGAGGAAACUUGGAGAAACUUGCAGAAAAUCAUAAAAGAACGGGAAAUGGAAUUGCAGAAAGAACAGAGGCGCCAAGAAGAGAAUGAUAAAUUACGUCAGGAAUUUGCACAGCAUGCGAACACUUUUCACCAAUGGCUGCAGGAAACAAGGACAUACCUACUGGAUGGCAUAGCAUAUCGUCGUGUCAUUCAUGUCUAUCAGUAUGAAGUUGGGGAUGAUCUGACUGGAAGGUCUUGCAUGGUGGAGGAAUCGGGAACACUGGAAUCACAGUUGGAAGCGACCAAGAGAAAGCAUCAGGAGAUUCGGGCAAUGAGAAGUCAAUUGAAAAAGAUUGAAGACCUUGGGGCAGCAAUGGAGGAGGCAUUGAUCUUGGAUAAUAAGUACACAGAGCACAGUACUGUGGGAUUGGCACAGCAAUGGGACCAACUAGAUCAACUGGGCAUGAGAAUGCAACACAACUUGGAACAACAAAUACAGGCUAGGAACACUACUGGUGUAACAGAGGAAGCUCUUAAAGAAUUCAGUAUGAUGUUCAAGCAUUUCGACAAGGACAAAUUAGGACGUCUAAAUCAUCAGGAAUUUAAAUCAUGCUUGCGCUCUCUGGGUUAUGAUUUGCCAAUGGUAGAGGAAGGAGAACAGGACCUCGAAUUUGAAACUAUAUUGAAUGCUGUUGAUCCCAACCGAGAUGGAUACGUUUCACUACAGGAAUACAUGGCCUUUAUGAUCAGUAGAGAAACAGAGAAUGUUAAGUCCAGUGAGGAGAUUGAGAGUGCUUUCCGUGCCCUCAGCUCAGAAGGAAAACCAUUUGUCACACGUGAAGAAUUAUAUCAGAACUUGUCACGGGAGCAGGCUGAUUACUGCCUCUCGCACAUGAAGCCUUAUACAGAUAGUAAAGGCAGAGAGAUUCCUUCGGCCUUCGACUACGUGGAAUUCACACGAUCACUGUUUGUGAAUUAAGCUCUCUCAAUCCAGGUGUACCUGCUAACAGCUGCUCUGCAUGACCCUGCCUAAUUUCCAUGCAUCUAUGAACUGUGCAGCAAGACGUCAAUUAAUCUAUUUGCUUGUGCUUCGUCUGGAAAAUUUUUUACUUUGUACCCCUUACUGCAGUGUGCUGAAAAUAAUAAACAUUUGCUGAUUCAAACUGAA